UGUUUCGGGGAAGUUUGACUGGGCUGAAAAAAUUGACGACACGAAAACUGUUGAAGGAUGGGGAUGAUAGGAGAACUCCGAAACAAUCUGGUUUUGUCGGGACUUGUAUGCGAUGAGAAAUUUCAGCGGAGCGUAAAAUAUGAUUGAAAGAUAUAAUAAUUGAUCUGAACUCCAACAAAGACAACCGACAUUCGCGCAUUCCAAUAUUUUCGCGGCUGUUUAUUUAUUGUUGGCUAUUCAUAGCCAAUUUUUUUCUGCGAGCAGACAUUGAGAAAUAGACUGUUUGAUAUAACGGUGCACUGGCAAAAUUUUCCGCACGAGGGUCCAUUAUUCUUUCCCUUCUAUCGUUAAUUUGCAUCAGACGAGCUGCCUCGCAUGAGACACCUCGGGGCGAGGGUUCUGCUCUACUCUGCCAGCUCGGGGAAUCAGGAUGAGAAAACCCAAAGUUGGACGAAUUUUUCUGGCGACAUGCGUUGGGUCACUUUUCAUGGUCAUAUUGUACUUUCAGAACAUCACAAGGCCAGCCGUGGAGCAGUCUGGGGGGAAGAGCAUCGGUCCGGGGAAGACCAGGAGAAGUCCGCUACAGAGCCUCUACAACGGAGACCAGUUGGACUUGUCUGCUGCGCAGGCGUCUCUGCGCGGUCGGCGAGAGCUGCUGGAGGAGGCGUGUCUCACCCACACCAGGAAGCGCCGGGUGUUGACCCCAGACGACCUCCGCCACCUCAUAGUGGACGAUAAGCACGGUCUGCUGUACUGCUACGUCCCCAAGGUGGCUUGCACCAACUGGAAACGCGUCCUCAUGGUCCUGACGGGGGACGGACGCUACCGUGAGCCCCUAGCCAUCCCUGCCAACGAGGCCCACGUGGCGGGCAACCUGCGCACGCUGUCAGAGUACUCCACUGGCGAGAUCAACCACCGCCUCCGCAGCUACCUGAAGUUCAUCUUUGUUCGGGAGCCCUUUGAGAGGCUGGUGUCAGCCUACCGCAACAAGUUCACCCGUAGCUACAACACGGCCUUCCACAAGCGCUACGGCACCAAGAUCAUCCGCCGGCAUAGGCCCGACCCCGAGCCGGAGGCGUUGGAGCAGGGCAACGACGUCUCCUUCCAGGAGUUUGUGUACUACCUGGUGGAUCCCCGCACACAGAGAGAGGAGCCCUUCAACGAGCACUGGGAGCGGGUCCACUCACUGUGCCACCCCUGCCUCAUCCACUACGACGUGGUGGGGAAGUAUGAGACUCUGGAGCAGGACUCCCGCUCUGUGCUGCGGCUGGCCGGCGCUGACGGGGAGGUCCACUUCCCCACCUCAGGCAAGAGUACCAGGACCAACGGGGACAUGGCGGCUCAGUUCUUCCACAACAUCAGCCCCUUCUACCAGAAGAAGCUGUACAACCUCUACCGCAUGGACUUCCUGCUGUUCAACUACUCCAACCCAGAGUACUUGAAGUUUAGGUGAGGGCGGCUCUCUCCAUGUCAACUGUGAUUUAUUAAUCAAUCUGUUUGGGUCUGUCAUUUUUAAUCAAUCUGGGUGGGUACAGCUUGUAACUGAUGUUCAGAUGUUAUUGCCAGUGGGGGGAAUCCCUGCAUUGUUAGAUGUAAAAACUCUAUUGCCAUGGGUGACUUUGGGGGCACUGUAUUUUCCUAGUACUCCUCAUGUGGCCUAUAUAAGAUAGAAGCAGGUUCUUCUUAUACAAAUCAAUGUGUUGAGGGUUGUGAAGAACUGGUUGUGUUUAUCACAGAAUCCCUCUCCUAUACCUUCCUCUUUAUUUAUACAACUGUAAGAGUAUUUAUUUGGACUAUAGACUGAGUCAUGGACACUUGAGCGAAUUGUGGGAGAACAUUCAAUUGAUGCAUUUCUCUCUGCUUGCACAUAAAGCAUGUUUCCUUGGCACAUCUUAUGUAGCCAAAAUUUUCCUCUGGGGACAAAAAAAACUAUUUACAUAAACCACCAAACAAAAGAAAGCAUAGUCCACAAAUAAAAAAUAAAAAAAGCAACCCAAGAAAAAGCUGCCAUUUACUCACAGAAGUAUGAAGUUUGCAAAGACCCAAUGUGAAUAAAUGUUUUAAACCAAUUUAAAUGAAAAGGAGGUGAUAAAUCUAACAUGGUGGGAACAUUUUAUUAAUAACCCCCGAAGUCCUCCUACUGUUCCAUGUAACUUUCAUUCUUAAAUAAUUGCCUCGAUCUUGGUGGCUUUCAAGCCACCUGUUCGUUGAUGUUAUGUAAGCCACAGUUUGAUAGUAAAAAUGUAGUGAUGAACAGUGUAUGCUGGAUAUAGGAAGCCUGGCAGGCAUGAUGACUUCAGAUAGGGAGUUAAUGACAGAAAUGCCACAUGUUCCGUUUGGAAGAGUCACCUCUUUAUUUAGCUCACGGCAGACUGAGCAAACAGUGCAUAGCUGUGGUUUGGUCCAAGGCUGCCCUUCGUCAGAGAGCUCCUUGUUGAACUGUGGACAGCCACGUAGGGCUAACUACCUAUCUACACGGGCACUACAGGUUAAAACCAGGUAAGCCUUCUGGUAAAAUACAAAUAUUCCAUUUAAUUUACACAAUGCUAACAAGUGCAAUAUUUUUCUUGACUUGAUAUGAACAGUAUGUAAAGAAAUGUAAUUUCACGUUCAUGCCUGUUGAUGUUGUGCCUCAACCAGUUUGUCUGUGAAAACGGUAUAUUUACCACGCUGGCAAAUACUGCUACAACAACAUUCAUUUGCAUCAAUUGAUGCUAUAGGCCAGGGUUACCCAACUGGUUGCCCGUGAGCCGAAUAUGGCCCACGGGUGAUUUUAUUUGGCUCCCCAAGUUUUCUGAGCAAAAAAAAAAAAUAGUUUAAAUAAAAAAAAUAUAAAUAAUUUUCUGGACACAAAAAACUGUAAAAAGCAAAUCAGCUAAGUGAUUUUAAUUUAGGAAAUCUGUUCCCAAGUAUUUCCACGCAUAGUAGAGAGAUACAUGUGAUCGUAUACAAAUGUAAACAAGGUUUGAAAUUAUUAUGUUUUAGUCAAAUAUUAUAUCAGUUUGGGCUUC